AUGCGUUGGCUUUUGGCCGCGCUUGCGCUGCUCCCAAGCAGCGUGGCUCAGGCGCCGGUGGUUCCCCAAUGCCGACCAGGCUUCCGGGAUGCCACUGACGGCAAGGCCUUCGAGUGGGCCUGCGCCGUGCACUGCGAGGGGGGGCCUUACGCCCAAGCCUCGUGCCUUUGCGCCUGCCUCAACGACGCGCAGCGACAAGCCGUGGACGCCGGGCUCAUCGCGAAUCGCCCUGCCGGCGAUGCCAGCGGGCCAGCGGAGGUCUUGAUGACGGCUCGGGCCACCACCAGCACCGCCCUGCCGGAGGCGGUCUUGGAGGCCUCCAUUGGCAAGCUGACAGACCCGAAAGACGCCAAGCUCCCGGCCCCUGUCACGGUGGCCAGCUACAUCAGGAACAGCACCGUUACGGCUCCGCCUGAAGUGGUCACAAGUGAAGGUGAUUCAGAUGAUCUGGGCUUCGUCAUUUUGACCAUCCUCUGCGUCUCGCUGCUGCUCUGCGCUUUCGGUGGUGUGGCCUAUGUCUAUGCAGCCUCUCGACGGACGAGCAGGCAGGUGGCCGUGCCGCAGCCUCCGGACGCCUGGACGGAAGCGGCUUCCAAGCCUUCGCUGGCUUCGCUCCCGGCGCCGAUGCCCAAGCUUCCGCCUGACGUUGUGCACAAGCUCGCCUGCGGACUGCCCGUGAAGCUUCGUCUCUCCGCGGUGGUGAGCGGGUCGGAAUUGCCAUGA